UGCGGUGCGCGUGCGGCGGGGAACGCUCAGGUAAGCGUCAGUCCGCGCCGUGAUCUCCCACCGACAGGGAUCGACGCACGCGACACGCUCAAAUUCCGUUUUGAAAAUCGAACGCAUUUUUUUAUUUUUAAAAACACAGGGAUGGCAUUCUCGGUAUUUUCCUAGUUGAGUUUGAGGUGCCUUCAGGUUAUGUUUGGGCAGUGAUGUCCGACAAGAGAUGCGGCCGGUUGUCAUCGCCGCGUGCUUGCUGCUGCUCGCGCCCAUCACCGACUCCUGGUGGGCGUCUGGCAGUGCUGUGAUCUUGGAUCCACGAAUGGUGUGCAAGAAGAACCGUCGGACAAGGAGCAAGCUGUCCCAGAUCUGCCGCAACGAGACGGGUCUACUGAAAGAGAUCUCAAGAGGCGUGACCCUGGGGGCCACGGAGUGCGCCCACCAGUUCCGAGGGCGACGGUGGAACUGCACCACACAGAGGCGAAGUAUGAGGAAGAUACUCAUGAGAGACACUAGAGAGACUGGCUUCGUGAACGCCAUCACGGCAGCCGGUGUCACGUACGCAAUCACCAGGGCUUGCACGGCGGGUUCGCUGCUCGAGUGCUCUUGCGAAAAGGAUGCUCCGAAACCCCGUCGCGGGCGCAGCAGUCAGGUCACAGUGCCGUCCGUGGUUUCCACAUCUAGGUGGCAAUGGGGUGGCUGCAGCGACAACGUUCGCUUUGGACUCAAGAAGUCCAGGGAGUUUAUGGACAGCCGCUACAGGAAAAGAAGCGACGUUAAGACCUUAAUAAAACUCCACAACCAUAACGCUGGGAGGUUGGCCAUUCGCAAUAACAUGAGGGUCGAAUGCAAAUGCCACGGUGUAUCUGGAUCCUGUACCCUGAAGACGUGCUGGUGGCGGAUGCCCACCUUCAGAGAAGUCGGCGACAAACUCAGAGAUAGAUUCGAAGGUGCUGCUAAGGUGAUCUCCAGCAAUGACGGCGAAAGUUUCAUGCCGGAGAGUCCAACCCUGAAGAGGCCCGGAAAGAAAGACAUUAUCUACUCGGAAGAAUCGCCAGAUUUCUGUUUGCCGAACAUUAAGUCUGGAUCUCUCGGAACCCAGGGUCGUAGGUGCAACACCAGUUCUGUGGGAACUGACAGCUGCGACCAGCUCUGCUGCAGACGGGGUUACAAGAAGACGACUAUAAAAGAGACUGCUAACUGCAACUGCCAAUUCAAAUGGUGUUGCGAAGUAAGGUGUGACACAUGUCUUGUGAAACGUGAUAUAAAAACGUGCCUGUAAUGUGAUAGAUAAUGUCUUAAAUGUUAAUUAAACGACGUACUUUAAUGAUC